UCUGCUGCCAAUUCACAGAAAGGGAAGAGAAUGGCUGCAAAGGAGAAGUUGGAGGCAGUAUUAAACGUGGCCCUAAGGGUCCCCAGCAUCAUGCUGUUGGAUGUCUUGUACAGAUGGGAUGUCAGCUCAUUCUUCCAGCAGAUCCAAAGAAGUAGCCUGCACAACAACCCUCUCUUCCAGUACAAGUACUUGGCCCUUAAUAUGCAUUAUGUGGGUUACAUCUUAAGUGUUGUGCUCCUUACUUUACCAAGGCAACACCUGGUUCAGCUUUACCUGUACUUUUUGACUGCACUGCUGCUUUAUGCUGGGCACCAAAUUUCCAGGGACUAUGUGAGGAGCGAACUGGAAUCAGGCUACGAAGGACCAAUGUACUUGGAGCCUCUCUCCAUGAACCGUUUCAUGACUGCUUUAGUAGGGCAGCUGGUGGUGUGCACGCUCUGCUCCUGCGUCAUGAAGACCAAGCAGAUCUGGCUCUUCUCCGCGCACAUGCUCCCUCUGCUGGCUCGGCUCUGCCUCGUCCCGCUCGAGACCAUCGUCAUCAUCAACAAAUUCGCCAUGAUUUUCACCGGCUUGGAAGUUCUCUACUUCCUGGCGUCAAAUCUUCUGGUGCCCUAUAACCUGGCGAAGUCUGCGUACAGAGAGCUUGUCCAGGUGGUGGAGGUGUAUGGGCUCCUGGCACUGGGAAUGUCUCUGUGGAAUCAGCUGGUGGUCCCAGUGCUUUUCAUGGUGUUCUGGCUUGUCUUAUUUGCUCUUCAGAUCUAUUCCUAUUUCAGUACACGGGACCAGCCUGCCUCCAGAGAGAGGCUCCUCUUCCUCUUCUUAACCAGUAUUGCCGAAUGCUGUAGCACUCCAUACUCACUGCUGGGAUUGGUCUUCACAGUCUCUUUUGUUGCUUUGGGAGUUCUGACUCUCUGCAAGUUUUACUUGCAGGGUUACCGAGCGUUCAUGAACGAUCCUGCUAUGAACAGGGGGAUGACUGAAGGAGUCACACUCCUGAUCCUGGCCGUGCAGACAGGUUUGAUUGAGCUCCAAGUUGUGCAUCGGGCAUUCCUGCUCAGUAUUAUUCUUUUCAUUGUGGUGGCAUCCAUCCUUCAGUCCAUGCUGGAAAUUGCUGAUCCCAUUGUCUUGGCAUUGGGAGCCUCAAGGGACAAGAGUCUGUGGAAGCACUUCCGAGCAGUCAGCCUCUGUCUGUUCUUGCUCGUGUUCCCCGCGUACAUGGCCUACAUGAUUUGUCAGUUUUUCCACAUGGAUUUCUGGCUGUUGAUCAUUAUCUCCAGCAGUAUUCUGACCUCUCUUCAGGUGCUUGGGACCCUCUUCAUUUAUGUUCUGUUCAUGGUGGAGGAGUUCAGGAAAGAGCCAGUGGAGAACAUGGAUGAUGUGAUCUACUACGUGAACGGCACCUACCGGCUGCUGGAGUUCCUGGUGGCCCUGUGCGUGGUGGCCUAUGGAGUCUCAGAAACCAUCUUUGGAGAGUGGACUGUCAUGGGCUCCGUCAUCAUCUUCAUCCACUCCUACUACAACGUGUGGCUGCGGGCCCAGCUGGGCUGGAAGAGUUUCCUCCUUCGCAGAGACGCUGUGAAUAAGAUAAAAUCUCUGCCCGUGGCCACGAAGGAGCAGCUGGAGCAGCACAAUGACAUCUGUGCCAUCUGCUACCAGGAUAUGAAAACUGCUGUAAUCACUCCAUGUAGCCAUUUUUUUCAUGCGGGUUGUCUUAAGAAAUGGCUGUACGUGCAGGAAACCUGCCCUCUGUGCCACUGCCAACUGAAGAGCCCUUCACAGCUCCCAGGACUGGGACCAGAGCCAGUGCAGCAGCCAAAUCCUAGUGCAGAGCAAAACACCAGGCCUGGAGACACAGCUGAGCCUGGGGCUGAACGUGAGCACAGGCCAAGUGUGAAGGACAGCCCGAGCAGGGGCCACGAUGGACACGAGAGCCCCGAGGCCUGUGCCCAGCCGGGGGGGUCUCACGGCAUGGACGGUGACACGAGCCCCUGCGAGGCCAGCCAGGGAGCAGCCUGUGCUGCAGAACUCAUUGCAGCCCCGGAGGGCUGCUCUGCUCGAGAUCUGAGGGUUUGUGUCCAGCUCUGAGGCUACAGAGGAUGACGUGGGAACAAACGCAUUUCAGAGAUCCACGUUUGACUCAGAAGAAAACCAAUCCUUCCACAGCUGUGAAAGAAGUGUAGCUAUUAAUGCUGGUCAAAAUGUAAUCUCCCAUGCUGAUUUUUAUGGGCUGCUUGGUAGUGGUAACUCCAGUGAGAUGCAGUAGAAAUGACUCCAGAAGCUCUCUGAACUGUGGGCAUAGGAAGGAUGUCUGGGAGUAAAUAGCACUGCUAGAGUGUUUUCAAGAUGUAGGUGGGGGGUGAGAGGAGCGAGGGGUCUGUGAGACGUUGUGGCCAGAGGGACAGGAGGCUGGUUUUGGUCAGGGGGAGGAGUUGCACAGAGCCAUGUCCCGGGUCCUGAGGGGCGUUACGGGCCGCGGGUUGCCGCUCUCUGGCAGAUGGGCAGCUCUGGUUGCUGACAUUUUUUAUGGCACGUAAGCAAAAAUCAAAGAUGUAACAGCAGUGAUUGUACCAGGAGGUGGAAGCACUCUUAAUACGUCGUGUGUAUGCUUUGGGUGUUCUUGGGGCAGUUGCAUUUGACUUUAUGUAAUCUAUAGUGACUCUUGACUUUUAUGACAGAGUCGUCAAUAUUUUGAUGUAUAUGAAACUUUUGCUCAUAAUGGGCACAGUGUGGGCUGCAUGAAGUAAACUAAAGCUCUCAUGAACACUUUGCCUCUUCAGGAGGAAAGUGGGAUGAGUUUUAGGGCACGGAUAGAGGCCUUGCAGGACUGUGCUGUGUAAUGUUAACCCUUGCAGCUGAAUUAAAACAGUAUUAAACUCUGGCGAUAUUUGCACUUUGGGAAUGAGUACAUUAUUGUGUAUGAUCAGACUCCGCAAAUGCCACUUUUAAAAGCUGUUAAUAGGUUUGCACCUUUUUUUCUUUGACAAGGACAUGUCCAUACUUAAAUUUUUACAUUCAUCAUGGCUUCAAGUAGAACAAGGGACUGGGGUGGGGAAAUAGGCGGGAGUAGGGGGCAGGCAAUUUUUUUAUGUGAAUUUUGAUAUGAAGAGAAAUUAGUCACUUAUUUAUACGAUAGGCUUGAUUCAAGUGUUUUUCAAAGUCGGUAUUCCUAAUGUGAAAUGUGAUACUAUUUUAUUUUUAGUAGUAAAUUUGGAUGUAGACUGACAGACAUAGCUGAAUGUCUUAAUAAAUUACAUUUGAAGAUUU